GGAGGUGGUACUGGUCGAUCGCUGGUCGAUCGCGGCGUGACAUUAAAAAAAUAUCAUCCCAGCAUCAAUGCCGUCACUUGAUUGAUAUACAGGGCAGCCAUUCAGAUGACAACUGAAUGUUGCCCUUCGGGCGACCAAUCAAAUCAAACAACGUCUCUAAGUGCAGCAGAACUUACGAUGUCAGCCUAUCAUCCAUCCCCGUUACUUGAUUGACAUACAGGACAACCAGUCAGAUGACAACUGAAUUUUGACCUUUAGGUCACCGCUCAUGCGUAAACAACGAUGCAAAGUGCUAAGCUAGUCGGCGAAUUGCGAGAUUUUAAGCCCUCGCUAAAGUUUAUGGUCACUAAAAUGAGUGAAGGAGCUGGACCAAGUAAAAAGGCAAAAACUGGACCAAGUAAAAAGGCAAAAAACAUAUCACUUCCAUACGGAUAUGGAAUAUUAUACGGAUAUUAUGAUACGGAUAUUAUCCAUGACUGAUAAACAUUUGGAAGUGUGCUUGAGGCUGGCUAUCAGCAGCUACUGUCCGGACUAUGCAUCCCUGGCUGGUUCAAUUCAGUGCAAGUCAUCAAAGUAAACUCAGGUAAUUACAAAAAAUGUUAAUAGUUAAUUAUGUGUGUUUUGCAAUAUUGGCUCAUUUGGUUAUGUAAGGUACAUCAACAUACAUUGUACGUACAAAUAAUCCUCAAUACAUUUGAAAAUAAAUAGAUGUUUUGCAUUUUUGUAGUGGGUAGAUCAUUUUGACUCGGUCAUUUUAAAAGUAGCUCGCAUGCUGAAAAAGUGUGAGCACCCCUGCUGUAGACGGACUGGGACUGUGCUGCAUUUUAUAUCCAUGUACAUGCUAACUACACACCCAUUCCUUUGUGUGUGUGUGUGUGUGUGUGUGCAGAGGUUGUGGAUUUAUGGAAUAUUACAAACAAUAGCAGGCAGCGCUCAUGCAGACAUUCCUCAGUGGACACACACACACACGCAGGCACACGCACACUGCCAUUGUUCUGUCCUUUCCCACGUCACGUGGAGGUGACUCUCGAUCCUCUGCCUACUUUCUGGCUUCCUCUCCCAAGAAAUGACCUUUUAGAAGUUUGUGACUUCAGGUGUUGCUGGGGUGGGUGUAGUCAGUCGGUGUGAUGUGAUUGGCCAGCAGGGAGGUGGGCGGGGGCCCCUUCCAGUGAGGGCAUGUUAGAGGAAUUCCAAAAGGAGUGUUUGCACGCGAAUUCACCAGGAGCGCUCGGCCUGUUCUGUGUGGGAGGACAUGGAGGUGGACGCUGCCAGGACUCUUGAGGGCUGCGUGGACGUGCACGCACGCCUAGCACAAACCCACCAGGAUGCUACCGAUUCCUCAUGGCAGAAGACAAACAACAGUGGCGGCAGCGACAGUGACAGCGGCAGCGAGGGGAGCUGCCUGGAGGCCAUGACGGCGGACGGCCAGGACCACUACCUGAGGCUAGGACACACCCCCCGGCGCCGCUCUGCUCUGCGCCUGUCACGCAUCAUUGCACGCCAGCAGCUGCUUCGAAGGCUGGAGCAAGAGCUCGAGGCCAAGGAGGCGUGUGAUUGGCUUAGGGCGGCCGGGUUCCCUCAGUACGCGCAGCUCUACGAAGACUCACGGUUUCCUAUCAAUAUUUCCUCGGUGAAAAGGGACCAUGACUUUUUGGAUCGGGACCUGGUGGAGCCUCUGUCUCGGCGUCUCAACACUUUGAACAAGUGUGCCUCCAUGAAGGUGGACGUCAGCCAUCCUAAGAAGAAAGGUGAUGACUCCGAUGAAGAUGACCAGAUGGCCAUCAGUAAGCGUUGGACGUUCGAAUGGAACAGCCGCCGUUGGUCGCGCCUGCAGGACCUCCUGUCGGACGGUGCCAGCGAGGGCGGGCCGGCGAGCCGAAGCGAGGGUCUGCGCAGCACGGUGAGCAGCGAGAGCGUGCUGACCGACCUGAGCGAACAGGAGAUCUCCGAGGUCUCGUCGCUCCACAGCGAGGACUCGGCUUCCACCAUGGCCGACGCCGUAUCGGUGGUGUCGCUGUCCGCGUCCUACCAGCCGUCUGCAGAGUUGCUGCACUACAACUCCUUGCCCAUCAAGAGCGGGCGCCACGGACAGGGGGGGCGGAGCAAAGCCAAGGAGUUUCUACGACGAAUGGAAAUGAUGCGCACCUGGGGGCCAUCAACGAUGAGGAGGAGCUCAAAGCGCAGACCGCCGAUGGACAUCAGCGGGCCGGUGCUGCAGGGUGAAGAGCCUCUGGCCCUGCAAGUGCUUCAGUGUACUCCCAUCAGCCAACUGGAGCAAAACCUCCCCAAGCAUCUGACUGAUGGUGAGAUGUCGCCUGCUGACCUCAGCAACGACUGCAACGACCUUUCCAUGAUGAGUGUCAGCCCCAUACGCGAGCCACCAGCGUCCACCGUAACCGAAUACGCGUGUUCAAGAGCACGGACGGCCAGCAAGAGAAGCAGCAAGUACCUGGAAGACAUGGAGCUUCCCACUCAAGGGAAGAGGACAGAUGGACAGAGGAAUCACUUUUGUUCCUACGACAACCUCCUCAUCCAAAUCCCCAAAGACCACAAGCCAGGAACUUUCCCCAAAGCACUGUCCAUCGAAAGCCUGGCGCCCUCUCCCGGUGACGGUAGCAACACCACCAUCCCUCGGUUGUCUCCACCCAACAACAACCUGGACGACGUCUGGUCUGGAAGUGCCCCCCCCAAGCCCCCAUGUCCGAGGGCUCCCCGAGGCAGCAGAGUGAGCGUGUACGACAAUGUCCCAGGUUCCCACCUGUAUGCCAGCACCGGGGACAUCCUGGACCUGGAGAAGGAGGACAACCUCUUCCCUCACCUGGAUGACAUCAUCCAGCACGUUAGCGGCCUGCAGCAGAUUGUGGACCACUGGAGCCGCAGUGUGCUGCCAGAAGACGAGGACGGGGAGCGGAAGACCACUCCCAAUGAGGGCGACAGGGAUGGCACCUCGUUAAAUGACACAGAUUCUAUUGGGACCAGUCGGGAGAGGAGGGAUUCUGGGGUCGGGGCGUCCCUGACAAGGCCGCGUGUGCGCUGGCCCAGUUUCAGGACGUCCGAUCAUCUCAAGCAGCCAUCGUCUUCCCUGCACAUCAGCAGCCAAUCAGCAUCUCAGCUCAGCCUCCUGCAGAAGUUCUCAUUACUCCGCCUCACCGCCAUCAUGGAGAAAUACUCCAUGUCCAAUAAACACGGCUGGACGUGGUCUGUUCCCAAAUUUAUGAAGCGCAUCAAGGCACCCGACUACAAAGACAAGACUGUAUUUGGCGUCCCCCUCAUCGUCCAUGUGCAGCGAUGUGGCUUCCCGCUGCCCCUGUGUCUCCAGCAGGCCCUCAGCCAUCUCAGAAGCCACUGUCUGGACCAGGUGGGACUCUUCCGGAAGUCCGGCGUCAAGUCCCGCAUUCAAGCCUUAAGGCAGCAAUGCGACACAACGCCCGACUCGGUAAACUACGACGACCAGUCCGCCUACGACGUGGCUGACAUGGUUAAACAGUUCUUCCGGGACCUUCCAGAACCUCUCCUGAGCAACAAGCUGGGAGAAACCUUCUUACACAUCUACCAGUAUGUUCCCAAAGAGCAGCGACUCCAGGCAGUGCAGGCGGCCAUCUUGUUGAUGCCAGAUGAAAACAGGCAGGCGCUGCAGAUGCUGCUCUUCUUCCUGCGCGACGUCACCACACAGGUGAACGAGAACCAAAUGACGGCCAUGAAUCUCGCCGUGUGCUUGGCGCCCUCGCUCUUCCAUCUCAGCCUCAUGAAGAACGAGAUGCUGUCGCCGAGGUCGAUCCAGAGGAAGUACGCCACGGGCCGACCGGACCAGAAGGAUUUAAACGAGAACAUGGCAGCGACACAAGGACUGGCUCAUAUGAUUACGGAGUGUCAGCGCCUCUUUCAGAUCCCAGAGGAGAUGGUGACCCAGUCCCGCAACUCCUACAUGGAAGCGGAUCUUCUGGUGCCCCCGCUGGAAGAGCUGGGGAAGGUCCGUGAAGAUGAGAUGGAUGAAGACGAGGAGGUGGUGGAUGAGGAGGAGGAGGACUUUGAGGAGGGAUCCUAUCAAACUCACCUUGAAAGGCUGGUCCAGAACCUGCUGAAAGAGGCCAAAGAUAAGAGUAAAGGAUGGGUGUCUCGUCCUGCCAUCGAGCACACGGAAGUGGCCUCAAAAAAGGUGGGUGAUGGAAACCCACUGAGGCGCUGGAGGGUCAGCACAGAGGUGACAGCCACGCCCACCGAGGUUCUGCAAAGACUGCUGAGAGAGCGCCCCCGCUGGCACGUAGAGCUACAGCAGGAGAAGGUUCUGGAAACGUUGGAUAAACAGACAGACGUGUACCAGUACUCCUGCCACAACAUGGUGCCCCAGCCCAGCACUGACUACGUGGUACUGAGGUCGUGGCGUUCCGACCCGAUGAAAGGAUGGAGCGCGCUGGUGUGUGUGUCGGUGGAACACGAUGACGGCCCACGCACGGGGGCGGUUAGGGGUGUGGUUCUGGAGUCCCACUACCUCCUCGAGCCUUGCUGCACAGAGGGCAGAACCAGGCUCACACACAUCUCCAGAGUGGACCUCAGGGGGCGCUCUCCAGAAUGGUACAACAAGGCGUACGGUUAUCUGUGCGCUAACGAAGCCCAAAAAAUCAGAGCCUCGUUCCUCCCACUGGACCACAACACCGAGUCCAAGUUGUAAACAGCCAUCAUGCUUUAUCUCCAAAGUGAAUGCUGCCAGUAGAACCGGUAGGAGAACUAGACCUGAUGUCCCGCUGAUCCUCAUGGUACCAUCAUAUGUCCACAUACUUUCGCAACAAGUCCCCAUAGUGCCGCUGAGAAAAUUCACUGUUUGUGGCUUCCAAAUAGUCCUCACUGAUGUCAUCAUGAGGUCCAAUGAAUACCCCGGACUUCACCAUCAGCAUCCAACAAGACUUUGUGUAGUGGUGCAGGAUACAGACCUCCGCAGGGUGAGCUUCUUGAAAAGGGGGACUGUCCUCGUGACGCUCACACUUGACCGCUUGUGUAGAAGAAGAGUUCUUGUUGUGAAAUGAUUGUGUACAUUAUGUCAUUGCUGUCAUACAAUGUCUGAGACAUGUGAUCAUUGCACUGCUUCUGGGAAGCAUGGUGUGUGUGUGUGUGUGUGCGCGCGCGUGUGUGUGUGUUGUAAAUAAUAGCUUUUCAUCAGGGUCUUGCUAUCAUAUUGAUAAGCUGAAAUAAGCAAUAAGACAACUUACCUGCUUUACUGUUAGUGCUGCUAGAGGCUGCGUCGUCAUGCUGAUGAUGCUAUCAUAUAAUAUCUCUACUGUGCCACCUGACUGUGUGUGUAUGUGUGUGUAUGUGUGUGUGUGUGUGUGUGUUACCUGUGACCAGAUUUAGCGUAUCAACACAAAAUUGUUUUUAAAUAAAAUGAUGCAAAAACUA